UCUUUAUUUUUAUUUUUGGCCAUGAGGCAAAAAAAGCGAGAGCCACGAAGCGUCACGGUGACGUACUGAUGGGUACGAUGCUAAUCCACUUUCAACCACUGUUGCCCUAGCAAAGCUCGGAGGAGACGGGGUUUAGCGUGACUGGGACAACAGACAUCCCAGGCAAGAAACGUCUCAUGGAAUUGGAGUGAAAAUGAAAUAUGCAUAACCAUAAGAAAAUUGGGACUAGGGACCACGUUCGUGAAUAUUCAAAGGAAUAAUAAGCAGGCAGCCUAAUAAACGGUUUUAAAGAAGGUUUUACAAAUUCUGUAAGACGGACUAAGUAUGGCAGCGAAAAUAAUAACCUCGCCUACGUACUUGCCCUUAGCUGCUGGAGGAUCACCGUAAGUACACCUGUUUAAGGGCGUGGUGUAGAGUGCAGAAGUCCUGCGAAAAGCCGGUAGCCCUGGUAAGUGGGGGCGCCGCGUGGCAGUGAGGGCUCUCGGGCUGUUCCGCCUCCAGCUUGAUCGGCGUCUGCCCUUGAGCUCCCGAGAAUUCAUCGAGCAUGUUGCUUUACGAAGAGUGUGAAACGGGGGAACCAACGAAUGACGUGGUAAAAUGCGGGUUGAAUGCCCGCCCGACUGGAUAUAUUAAUUAACUAAAAGUUAAAUGUUAUAAAACCAGUUGCGAAAGACUGCACCUCGGUGACCAGACGUGGCCAAGUGUAAGCUAUAAGAUAUCGUCUGUCUAGCAUAGCUUACCAAGUCUGUGGUAACGUGGAAGGGUUUUCAGUAUUUACUUUUAUCGUAGCUGUCAAAUUGGCUGUUUGAUGAUGACGUGAGUUCAGCAGAAAAAGACCUGGUGUUUACUGUUACAUUUCUAACACUGUUGGUUACGUACACAUAAGCUCGAUGCUUUCUUUGGACUUUUGCUGUUCAUUCAUGGUACUAAUACUGACUGGAGUAGCUCGUGUUCCCGGCAGGAGCUGAAAAUUUAUGAACUUGAUUUUUGGACUUGGAGCCUAUCGUAAAUAUGCACUCAGGAAAGCAGCGUAUCGUGAUCUGCCGGUAAAUAACCUGCGAGUUCACAAUGGACAAGAAAUGGAACGGGACCCAUUCAUACCAUCAGCCACAGCUUCGCGUCAAUGUACCUAGCACGGCGAAAGAAAGAGUUUCUAGUGUGGACCCAUAUGGGUUUAAGAGGUCUGAUGACUUCGAUUACGAGUCUUAUGAAGAGUUCAUGUCCGAGUACUUGGUUGUGCUCACCAGAAGGUCCAUCAAGUGGUCCAAACUUCUACAUGGGAAAAGCCAGGUCGAGAGGAAUGUGAAGGUAAAGCGCUAUAUUCGCAAGGGAGUCCCGAAUGAGCACCGCGCCUCAAUCUGGAUGGCAGUGAGUGGCUCCCAGGAGCAAAUGGAGAAGAACCCAGGCUAUUACCAGUCCUUGCUCCAGGCCCAGCAUGACCCAAAGCUGAUGGAGGCCAUCCAUACAGAUUUGCACAGGACCUUCCCGGACAAUGUCCAGUUCCGCAAGACGGCUGACCCUUGUCUGCAGAAGGUCCUGUAUAACGUACUGCUAGCAUAUGGGCACCACAACAAGGAUGUGGGGUAUUGUCAGGGUAUGAACUUCAUUGCUGGGUAUCUCAUCAUUAUCACCAAAGAUGAAGAGAAGUCCUUCUGGUUGAUGGAGGCCCUUCUAGGCAGGAUACUGCCAGAUUACUACACACUGGCCAUGCUGGGUUUGAAGACAGACCAGGAGGUGUUGGGUGAGCUGGUGAAGGCCAAGGUGCCCACCGUGUGGCGUGCCAUGGUUGAGCACAACGUUAUGUGGACGCUGGUGGUAUCACGCUGGUUCAUCUGCCUCUUCAUCGAUAUCCUCCCUGUGGAGACGGUUUUGCGGAUCUGGGACUGCUUGUUCUAUGAGGGCUCCAAGAUCCUGUUCCGUGUGGCGCUCACCCUGAUACGCCACAACCAGGCCUAUAUCCUGCAGGCACAGAACCUUCCAGACAUCUGUGAUCGCUUCAAGCAAAUCACCAAGGGUGCCUUUGUGGAGGACUGCCACACUUUUAUGGAGAAAAUCUUCAAAGAACCUGGAAGCCUCUCCAUGGCAACGAUCAUCAAGAUUCGGGGGGCAUGUCGAGCACGGAUUAUGGUUGAAGAAUCUUGACCCUGCCCCCAUGCUGGCCUAGCCCCGCCCCUCAAGUGCUCCAAACAUUCCAGCCUAUUAUUUGCACUUUCCUUUGUUUUCUGAUACCAGACUAUUUAGAACCUGCUGGGGUUUAUCUAUGAAGAUGAACAUAUAGGAAACUAUUUUUCUUACAUUUCUAAAUAGAACCUGUGUAGAGAAUUACACUAUAAUGAGCAAAUAGGGCCACAUUACAUGGGACUGAAUUUUGUACAGCAUUCAGAUGGAGGUACAGGGCAUAUGUGCUUAUUUUUAGUGAAUGUGUAUCCACUCUAAUAAUGCCAUCUCUGUGCAAUGUUCAGCAACUAAAUGUGGUCUAGUUUUUGCAUAUGGGAAAUGCAGUCAGUAAAGGCAGCCUAAUCCCAGUGACCUUUUGCGUGGUGAAGUCUUAAAGGUUUGAGCUUGAUGUAGCGAUUUCUUUUUUUCCCCCUUCCUUAAGGGUUGUACACCUUUUAGUUACUUUGGAAAUUUCUCCUGAUAGACACUUUUGGAGUCUAUGGAAUUUUGAAGACUUUUGCAAAACCAGAGAAAUGAAGGUUCAUUCUACUUUGUUGUGCACUACAGGUUGAUGUUCAAGGGCUUUUAUCUGAGAUUUCCCUCCAUGUUUGAGCUUAACAAGUCUUGGUACUUGUUCAGCAUUUCUCACUACAGAUUAUACAUAUAGUUGGCAUCAACAAGCUCAUGUAACCUAUACAAGUCAUGAAUUACCAGGUUGUUUGUGUUGUUCAGAAAUCUCAUCCAUUUAAUGUGUAAAAAUCAGCUAAACACUGCAAUGAUAAGAGUUUAUUUGAAAACAACUGCUGGAAUUAAAAUGUUAUACCUCUACAGCCUUCAAGGUAAUUGCUGCAACUUCCAAUUACUAUAAAAGGUCAAUUUUUUUCUACUGUCAAGAAAAAUCUAACAGUGACUUACAUAUUAAAUAUCUUAGCUAAUUGGCUAAGGAUCAGCUAGCUGUUUCCUGUACAUCCCAAUGGAUCUCUGUACAUUCAAAAGGCAAACUGGUCCUGAUUUAAUGUAUUUGUUCUACACUACCUAUGUACUGGUAGAUUUUAUUAUGCAAUGCAGGUGAUUAAGGUGUGAUGCAACUGAAAUGUAGCUCAAAUGUUUGUGAAACCAUUGUAAUUUCUGUAAUUAUGGAACAGGAGGAAAAAUGUGUUGAAUUUCUUUUAUUGACCUAACCCAGAUGCAUUAAAAAAAAACAUUCUCUACAAAAGUAAGAGCUCAAAUCACUGCAAUUUAUAUGAACAAAACACCAACCAGAAGGGAUUGGAUGCACUGGCAUGUUUUGAAGGCUUAUAGAUUCACACCUUAUCAAAUAAGCUGUGAUAAAACAAGAUAUCAGCAUUAAAAAGAAAAAAAAAAA